CAGAACUAUAAGUGACUGUCAGCGGUGCGAGCGCCACAGAGCCGCAUCUGUCACCUACUGUCACCACUGGAGCAGAUGACCGACACCGGGCAGCAGCGACUGCCCUACGGGUGACUGCGGCAAAGGCUUCUACAUGCAGGAAGACACUAUCUCCAACGCUGGCUGACCACAAGUGACUUCUCUAAAGAAAAGUUGUGCAGCGUUAUGGAUUUGUUCACCGUUUCCGACAACACAACGCUGAAUAGUAAUUUCUCCAAUGACAAUGGCACCUUCAAAAAGGCCACAGAAGCUUGGAUGGUGGGCAUGGGGAUCUUGAUGUCCCUCAUCGUCCUGGUCAUUGUUUUUGGGAAUAUCCUAGUGAUCACUGCUAUAGCCAAGUUCCAGAGGCUCCAGACUGUCACCAACUACUUCAUCACCUCUCUAGCCUGUGCAGACCUGGUCAUGGGGAUGAUCGUGGUGCCCUUGGGAGCCAGUGUCAUCAUCAUGGACACCUGGGAGUUUGGGAACAAGUGGUGUGAGUUCUUCACAUCAGUGGACAUAUUAUGUGUGACUGCUAGCAUUGAGACACUGUGUGUAAUAGCAGUGGACAGAUACUUUGCCAUCACCUCUCCAUUCAGGUAUCAAAGCCUGUUGACCAAGUGCAAAGCCAGGAUUGUAAUCCUCUUAGUUUGGGUUGUGUCCAUCCUCACCUCCUUUCUCCCCAUAAACAUGCACUGGUAUGAGACUAAUGAGCCCAAAGCAGUGGCCUGCUACAAGUCAGAGACCUGCUGUUACUUCUAUACCAACCCUGCUUAUGCCAUAUCAUCUUCCAUCAUCUCCUUCUACCUACCCUUGGUUGUUAUGAUAUUUGUGUACAUAAGGGUUUUCCAGGAGGCCAAGAAGCAGCUGAAGAAGAUUGACAAAUGUGAAGGGAGGUUUCACAACCAACAAGAUGCCAAUGGCAAGGUAGUUAACAGAAGGACUUCCAAGUUUUGCUUGAAGGAGCACAAAGCACUGAAGACACUGGGCAUUAUUAUGGGCACUUUUACAUUGUGUUGGCUCCCUUUCUUCAUAGUCAACAUUGUCCAGGUGAUUUACAAAGAUGUCAUCCCUGACAGUGUUUACACCUUCUUGAACUGGGUGGGCUAUGUCAACUCUGCCUUUAAUCCACUCAUCUACUGCAGGAGUCCAGACUUCAGAUAUGCUUUUCAGGAGUUGUUGUGUCUAAAGAAGGCCAGCACCAAGCUCUACACCAAUGGAUACCCCCAAAGCAACGGGAACAGUGUGUAUAAUGAAGAAACAGAUACUGCUCAGCUCAGUAAAGACAGGACUACUGAGGUUUUCAAGGAGGACAAAUGUCCCAGUGAAUCCCUUUUGAACUGUGAAGGUACUAUGCUAGACUACCGCCUGGAUCCUCUGAACAAGAAUCACAACUCUCAGGAGGAUUGCUUGUUAUAGGAUCCCUUUUAGGAACAAUCACAAUUAACUGGAUCGUUUGCAAUACAAGGGUAAAAGAUAUUUGUAUUGUACUGACAAGAAGGAAAUGGAGGUCUUUAUAUUAAAGUUAUUUCUUUAAAUUUGGGCGGUGCCCAUGACUCGCAGGAUGUAUACAUUUUAUUAGCAAGUGUUUUUUUUUCUGUAUAGUUUCACUUCUUCUUAAAUUAAGGUAAGAGGAUAUUCACUAAGCAUUAAGCCUUUUUUAUUGUGUUGCUGUCUUACUUCGUUGACAGAGCAAGAAGAAUCUACCUCAUGGAUCUGACAAAAAGAGAAAAAGUUCAUAUUUUAUGUUGUUCCUAUUGUACUUUUUAUUAUUAUUAUUAUUAUUUUUUUUUAUUUUAUUUUAUUUGUGUGUUCUUUUAUGUUUUGUGAUUGCAAAAUGAUAUGAACACUGCACUGCUGGGGUGGCUGGUCUCUCCAGCAGUGUCUGGGUUAACUUGGUGGAUGUCAAUUCCAAAUGGAUGUCUGGACAACAAACAGAAUAGAAAAGACUGUGUAGCAGUUGUGUGAGACUGUCAUUUCUAGACCCUAAAUUCUUUAACCUCUUCAUCUUUGGGCUGUCUAACCAAGGGUUCAGCGUUUGGGUAUUUCUUAUAUAGGUGGCACACAGGUAUAUUGCCACCAUAGAUGUAAUUAUUCCAUAGACGUAAUGAUUUUUCUGUGAAAGAAUGAAUUGUUUCCAACCUCCUGGUAUACAAGUACACUAGAUCGUCCACAGAAAAUCCAUUGACUUCUCAUCAGAUUGCCACAUAGAUGUCACAAUCAAAAUCAAACAAUUCAAAAUGUUUCUGCUAGUCAUAAUGAAUCAAUAGCGUUUUUAAUAUAGCAUUACAAGGUCUAAUUAUGAUUCAUAUCAUUGGAAAAAAUCGUUACGUCAUUCUAUAGACAGCUGUAUGCAUUGACUAUGUGAACAACCUUCCAGAGAAGAAUUUGGUGGAUGAAGGGGUUAAAGGUUAGGCUCAGUUCACUUAAUUUUAGAACUGAAGUCCAGAGUGGAUGUGGAGAACCCAUCCCCUACAUAACUGAUACCUACUGACCGUGGUGGUUAAUGAAGAAUAGCCAUCAAUACGUAUAGCCUUGUGAGGUGGAACUGUAAGCCACAUCAUAAGUCAGCUAGAUAGAGGAGAACAGAUGUUCCCACUGCCUGUGCAAGUGCUGCUAUGGAAGUUAAUCAAUUAUAUGAAGCAGCCCUGCUGGUUCAACAGGUUUCUGGCCAGAAAAUUGUCACUAAGCAAUUUUUCAUGCCCCCCCCCCCCCACCCCAUCCAGUUUAACUUCCCCUUUGAUUUCAUUGGAAAUUGCUAAAAUCCUUUAAGUAGUAACUAAUGAAGUCUACAGGCUGUAAGAUGUUUCUUCAAGCCCUUGCAUGACCACAACCGAGGAAGGAAAAGUUCCUAUCUCCUGGUGGAUAACAUGCCAGGUUAAUCAAUUAUAACUCAUUGGCUGGGGGGCUUUUCCAUAGGAAUAAGGUCCCCCAGAGAAUCCUGUGUCACAGCUCUAAGGGGGAUGGGUUCUCAGAUGUCCAACGUAAGGUAUUCCUGUCCACCUCACAGCAUGCAGGGCCACCAUUAGAUCAGCUCUUUGCACAUUUCCAAGCCGUACAGUAUUGUAUGUUGCUCUCAUUAAAGGUCAUUGUACUUUA